AGAGAGAGAGAGAGAGAGAGCGGAGGGGAAAGAGCAGGAAAAAAGGCGAGAGGAAUCUUUUCUUUCGCUGUCUCGCGGGGCUCGGGGACAGUGUGGGACGUGAGCCCGGCCCCUGGGGAAAUCUCUGGGCUGGGCGAGAGGAGGCGCAGCUCUCCGGGAGCGCGGGGCCAGCAGAAUGGCCCUUUUCUUCGCGAGGUGCGCCCUGUGAACUUGUUUUCUGCGCACACAGAGGGACUGCGCAGGGAGGAAUUCCAGGUCACAGGGAUUCCAGCAGCGGGGAGGGGGGUGGGAUAACCUCGCCGGGGCGCUGCGGGACUGCCUCCUCACAGCUGACACAAUGGGAACCGCGCGCACAGAGGAGGGCCAGACGCGCUGAAGGACCGGGGCGCUCCCAGCCCCAAAGCCAAAAAAAACGCUCGCUCGCCUUCCGCGCUCCAGAGCCGGCCUGAGCACCACUCGCAGGGGGAGGGGGGGAGAAACAGGGGGAGCCGAGGCUGCGCGGGCCCAUUUCCCCGGGGGGAGCCAUGAGGGGAUUAUCUGCAGGGCGCGUCUGCCUGGCGCUGCUGGCCACUCUGCUGGGUACGUGCCGCUUGGCCGAGGGAGGGUGCCAGGGGAAAUGUUGCCCGGGCACGGACCGCUCGUGCACCGCCACCGACUGGCGGAUGGACCGCGUCUACGGGACCUGCUACUGCGACGACACCUGCCAGAGGACCAAGGACUGCUGCUUCGACCACCCCACCGUGUGCCCAGCUCAGUCCUGCGUGGUGAGCCAGUGGAGCCACUGGAGUGGAUGUGCCGAGAAGUGCCGACCGGCCAUGAGAGUGCGCCGACGGCAGGUCGAGCAGCAGGCCCGGAACAGCCCAGACAUCUGCCCCCCACUGGAGGAACGAGCUGGCUGCAUGGACUACCUCGGCCACCAGGGGGCGCACUGCACACCGACACGAGGUCCUGCUUUGAUAACCGCAGCAGAGUAUGGUGCAGGAAGACCUAAAUAUGAUCUAUAUGGAGAACCACUGGACCCUGGGUAUUGCGUGGAGUUUAAAAUGGAGUCGCUGUCCCCGCACUGCACGGUGGAGAACCGCCACCACACGCGCUGGAUGCAGUACCUGCGGGAGGGGUACACGGUGUGCGUGGCCUGCCAGCCCCCGGCCAUGCGCAACCACAGCCGCGGCUGCCAGGGAGACGGCACCGCCUCUGACAGGUUGAAAUUUCAGGUCAACUGAUCUGUGGCUGCUCCCUUAUUUGGCCUGCACUUGAAUUAAAGGACACGCUGCUCCAGUGGCAGGCGGUGGGGAACCCACGGUGCCGGGGGACCUGGAAGAGGCUGCAGAGGCAGGAGCGCUGUGCCUGCCCACAGGUGCACAGCUUUGUCUUCAUCUGACGGGAGCACGCGCUCCACUGUAAAUACACGCAUCCUACAAGCACGGGCUCUUUCAAUACGGCUUCCAUUUACCGCACUCCUCCACUAGCACGCUGCUAGAGCAAAUGAGACAGGAUGAAAAGUGCGCUAUAUAUUCUGUCUAUAUAUUAUGGGAUGUGUACGGCCGUCUUGCAUACAAAAAAGAGCUUUUUGUUGAAGAUAAAACAAAAUUUGUCUUGUUUAGUACCUUUACAUUUUUUUUAAAGAUACAUUUACUAAAUAUAGUUAUAUAUAAGCCUUGUUGAUUUGAGUUUUAUAGCUUCACUGUGGAUGUCAGACCAAGCUCAAUAAGAUGAGUGAAAGGUUCUCACAGGGUAACAGACGUCGCUUGAACUGAGGCCAGUCUUGCAUAAUUCUGUUGUUAUUUAUUUAUGGAAAAGGUGAACGCUUAGAACUCCUGGUCAUAGCCUGCCUUUUGUGAUAUUACACUUAAUGAAGUUAUAUUGAAGAGGGCAACUUUAUUGCAACUUUCUAAAUGAUUUUCAGAGCGCCCUCUACUAGCGUAGUCUUGACCCCCAGUAGUGUCAAAUACACUGCCUGACAUGUUAAGUUGCCAACACAGUGAUUCAAUUCCCAUAGUUAAUGGCAUUAUGAAACCCAUUACCAACACAGUGAAUAUUCAAACUGAACUAAAUAUUCAUUAUUUCAAUAUGAAUAUGGAAGCAAUGAACAUACAAAUUCAUCACAAACCCCAGGACAAAGCAGAAUGUUGAUGGACUGGGGAGGAAAAAACUUCAAACAUCAAGAACGUCAAUGUCAAUUUAUUUUUACAGUAAUUCACAUUAUUCCGUUAUUUCCUUGUUAAAUGAAAACCAGGCUAUAUACAUGUUAUACAUUUCACUGGUAAAGUUUUUUUUUCCUGCUCACUUUCCUAUCUGUUGGGUCUUGCAUAGACCCAGUAAAUGGCAGUGUACUGAGAUAUAUAAGCACAUAAAAUAUAAUAUAAAAAUAAAAGCCUUUAAUAAAAGUACUUAUAAAUAAAUCAAA